AUGUCACACGCACAGGUUGAAAUACCAGGACGCGGUUUCCCAGGCCUCCCUGUGGAUAUGACCGACGACUGCUUAUCCCGGGUCCCAUCCGUGCUGAGGACGCACGGUUUGGGCGCACGGAGAAACUCUUAUGGGCUGCAAAAAAUUACUAUGGACAUUGACUCACCUCUUUACAGCGGUGCCCUUUCCAAAGCUUUGUCCUGGUCAGCUGAGAAUAUCCUAACAUUGCCCGAGUCGAGAGCAGAGGAUGAAAAAACUGAUGACUCUCCGCCGUCGCCGUCCCCUGUCUCCAGCCCGGGAACAAGCUCCAACACACCUCCCUCCAGCCAGGAACCAGACGCCGGGUCCCUAAGUGGGAACUGGGAUCCAGUGCCGAGAUCCACUGUCCAGGACGUCAGCUCGGACUCUGAAAAUGAACUCGUUCAGAGCAAACAGCACAAGCUGUCUCGCAUCACGUUUGAUACUCAGUGGGAGCAAGAGGAGAAAGAGGAUGUGGAGACCAAAGCGGUGGCAACCUCACCUGAUGGAAGAUAUCUCAAAUUCAACAUUGAGAUUGGAAGGGGAUCUUUCAAGACGGUUUAUAAAGGACUGGACACAGAGACCACCGUGGAGGUUGCAUGGUGUGAGCUACAGACUCGUAAACUAACCAAAGCGGAGCGACAGCGUUUCAGCGAGGAGGUGGAGAUGCUGAAGGGGCUUCAACACCCCAACAUCGUCCGUUUCCAUGACUCCUGGAAGUCUACGGUGAAGGGCCACAAGUGCAUCAUCCUGGUGACUGAACUCAUGACCUCAGGCACGCUCAAAACGUACUUGAAGAGGUUCAAGGAGAUGAAGUUGAAACUGCUGCAGCGCUGGAGUCGUCAGAUUCUCAAAGGGCUUCAUUUCCUGCACACACGCACUCCUCCCAUCAUCCACCGGGACCUCAAAUGUGACAACAUCUUCAUCACCGGCCCCACAGGCUCCGUUAAGAUAGGAGAUCUGGGGCUGGCCACACUCAAAAGUGCCUCCUUUGCUAAAAGUGUCAUUGGAACACCAGAGUUCAUGGCCCCAGAGAUGUACGAGGAGAAGUAUGACGAAGCGGUGGACGUCUACGCCUUUGGAAUGUGCAUCCUGGAGAUGGCCACCUCUGAGUACCCGUACUCCGAAUGCCAAAACGCUGCCCAAAUCUACCGCAAAGUCACCAGUGGCAUGAAACCUGACAGUUUCUACAAAGUCAAAGUCCCAGAACUCAAGGAGAUCAUUGAAGGCUGCAUUCGUAUGAACAAAGAUGAGAGGUACACCAUUCAGGACCUCUUGGACCACCCCUUCUUCCAGGAGAAUAAUGGCGUGCAUGUGGAGCUGGCAGAGGAAGACGACACAUUUAAAUCAGGCCUGAAGCUGUGGCUGCGCAUGGACGACACCAAGAAGCUCCACGGAAAGUACAAGGACAACAACGCCAUCGAGUUCCUGUUUGAGCUCUACAAGGAUGUGCCUGAGGAGGUGGCUCAGGAGAUGGUCGUGCUCGGCUUCGUGUGCGAGGUAGACUUCAAGCUCGUGGCCAAGGCCAUACGGGAUAGGGUGACGACCAUCAAGCGCCAGAGAGAGAAGCUGAGGCGGCUAGCGGAGGAGCAGAGGAAGAAGCAGGAGCAAGAAGCCAUAGAGGAAGAACAUGAGCUUCAUCCACCAUCACCUAAAGUCAACGACGUGGUUGCAGCAGAGUCCCCCACCCCGGUUCUGACACUUACAACCCCCAUGCUGUCCCCCGUCACUAGCUCUGUGGACUCUGGGGUCAGCUCCAGCUACCCUGCAGAGCCAGAGGAGCCUGAGGCAGACCAGCACUUCCACAUCCGCCACAACAGCCUCUCCUCUGCUAAUUCUGACUGCGAGAUGGAUGGCUAUCUGAGCUCCUCUGGGCUUCAGGAUCCCCUGGAGCCCGGCGGCUUUAACACGACCCCUCCCACCACGCACACCGACAACCCGACUGCAAACGGUCUCCCCAUUCCAGCCCUCCGCUUCCCCUCGAGUAUUGCAGUAUCCAACAACAUAGAACAUGGAAACUCAGGCUCCCCAAGUGGCUUCAACUCCCCUGUGGACAGCUACGCCUCCGAUGUGACUUCAGGCUUGAGUGACGGCUAUGAGGGCCUAUCAGAGAAGAAUGAAAAAACGGCUGCCAGGAGGACUGCAGGAAAGCUGUUUAGGAGAAGAGCGCGAUCAAGGCUGCGCAUCACAGGGCUCUCUGAUAAAGUGGACCGGGUGGUGGAGUGCCAGCUGCAGACACACAAUGACAAGAUGGUGACCUUCAAAUUUGACCUGGAUGGAGAUAACCCUGAAGAUAUCGCUGCUGUCAUGGUGCACAAUGAAUUCAUCCUGCCAUCAGAGAAGGAGGGUUUCAUCCACCGCAUGGGUGACAUCAUCAAACGGGCCGAGGCUCUCAUGGCGAAAGAGCAGCUCGUCCAUUCCAGCGGGCACAGACUCCCCCAGCCCGCUUUCCACACGGGGGUUAACUCAUUGUCUUCCUCUCAGCCUAAUCUGCACAGUCACACCCUGCCUCGAACACACUCCUCGUCUUCUCUCCCUGACUUCAGUCUGGCUAACCCAAGUGUAGGGGUACAUGGCUCUCCUCCGUGCCCCAAUGGAGACAUCUUCAGUACAGACAUUACUUCACCUGCACGACCUCUUAUACGCUCGCAGUCUUUCCACAACGCCCCAGGGUCUCCCCUCCAUUAUCAGCACCAUCACCACCCUGCUUCUCUUCUGCCCCACCACCAGCACUACCACUUGCCCUAUAUGGGCAACACUCACUUCCCAUUCCCAUACCCAGGCUCUUCAGGCUCACCAAAACCAACAGGCAUCCAUGCUCCCCUCACACGUGUGGCCAGUAACCCCACCUUCCCCUCCAUGUCCUCCCCAGCCCCGGGUUCUCCAAGUCCUCUGAGUGAGACCGUAAACCCUGGCAGCAAUGAGAGCAUCACCAUGUCCCCACCUUCCAAUCAGCAUCCCAACAUGUGGUCCCCAGAUACGCAGCCCCUAUUUUCUUUGGCUAAUGUCAUCUCUAUGGCCAUGAGCAUGGCCCAGUCUUUCAUCCCUCCUGCGAGCCUGUCCACCCAGGGGAUGCCCUCCUUUCCAGGCUUCCACCUACCCACUCACAUGGCCCAACAGUCAGGGUACCAUUCUGUCUACCCACAACAAUACCAGACCACACCAGCUGAAGUCCCUUACCCGACACCUGGAAUACAAGCUCAGAACAACAUCUACCACAGCCCUGAGAAUACACUACACAUAGAUGGAUCAGGUUUUCCUCAGAGUAAACCCCCAAGCUGGUCGCAAGCGGUCUCUCCCCUUUCUCUACCUUCCACUCCUCCAAGGGCUCCUCAGGAGCCUCUGCAGCAGGUCGGAUCCUCCAGUCUCACCAACCUCACUCAGGAGGACAGUCUCCACAGUUAUGUGACCCCAUUCUCUGCCCAAGUUUCAGCCCAGGCUACGUACACAUCAGAAAUCUCCAGUUCAAACUCCUCAUCAGAUCUUUCCUCAUCACCCCCCGAGACCCCAGAAAACACUUUAUCAUCCCUCAGCCCACCACUGCACCUUCCUGUCCCUGACAUGAAUGCCAGUAGCUUCAAACCGAAAGCCUCUUCCACUGCCUCCGAAGUACAGUCUGCACCAGUGACUGUUGGGCGAUUCCAGGUGACACCUAGCAUGGACAUCCCUGCGACUGCUGUGCCAGUAAGUGCUGUACCGGCUACACCACAGCCGGCAGACAGCGGCAGCACCCCAUCAGAGAGCAGCACAGAGGAACAGGGAGAGUCUGAGACCAGCCUGGGCACCUCCCUCACCAUGUCCCCUCCUCACCCACAUCCCCACAGAGGGUCGACAGGGGAGCCGCAGCAGCAGCUGCAGCUGCAGGACAGAGAGGGAGACGAAGAGGAGGAAGAUGAGGAGGAAGAGGUUGUUGGGGAACGCCAGAGGACAAGGAAGAGGAGUCGGAGGAGAGCGUACAGCCUCAGCCUGAUGGGGACGUCUGCAGACAGCGGACUCUCUGUGACGGCUGCAGAGGUGGAGGGGAGGCUGUGGGACGGAGGGGCUGGCAGCCCCCAGUACAGCAAUGCCCUUCACCAUUUAUGGAUGAUGACAUAUAACCGCAAUACUCCCUACCUAAGCAGCGAUGACUCAGACAGUGAUGACGAAGAAAUGCUGGAAGAGCUUCAGGAACUGAGAGAGAAACAUCUGACAGAGGUACAGGCCCUGCAGGCUGCCCAAAAGCGAGAGAUUGAGGAGCUGUAUGAGAAGAUGGGAAAGGUUCCACCUCCAGGCAUCGUCUCUCCUGCUGCUAUGCUGUCCAGUCGACAGCGCCGCCUGUCAAAGGGGAGUGGUUUCCCCUCGUCCCGCAGAAACAGCCUACAGCGCUUGGACAUUGUGCCACUCCAAGGUAUCAUUAGGAGAAACUCUCUUGGAGGUAGCAGCAGUGGCUCCCAGGAUAAACCAAGUAAAGGGGUCACCUUUGCCACUGACAUUAGUAGAAUGUAAGAAACUGUCAGCCAAGCACGCUGUAUAUCUGGACUACCUCAUCUGAAGUGUGACUACAGUGGUCAAACCCGUCCUGUCGGAGGAUCGUUUUAACCCUUUCACUGGCACACUGAUCAGAAAACUGC